AUGGAAGUAUUGAUGUCACAACCGAAUUUCGCACAAGAAAAAUCCAUAAAAAUAUAUGAAAAGACGUCGGAGCAUAGUUCUUAUCAAGACUCAUUGCUAUUUAUUAGAGAUUUAGCUAUCAUGCUCCGAUUGUCACAGCAGUGUGUCGCUACUGCUCAGUUUUAUUUUAACUCAGCAAAUAUAAGUUUUUUUUCUAUAAGUAGCGACAUUUCUUCUUAUGAUAGCCUUUUACUGGCUACUUCUUGCUUAUUUAUAGCAGGAAAAGCUUUAGAACAGCCUAGACAUUUAGAGCUAUUUUGCAAAGUUUUUUAUGAUCGACGUUCUGCGAUUCAAAUAGGUAAAAACUCAAGACUGCAAAUUCCUCCAAUGUCUAAGGCAAUGCUUGAGAAAUUCAAGCAAAGUAUAAUAUAUUACGAGUUCAUUAUUUUAAAUACCAUCGGAUUUAGCACAUAUAUCCCACUACCUUAUUCCUAUAUCACAAAUUUCGUAAAUUUAACUGAUUUGGACGUAAAAACGAAAGAUAGUUUGCUUAGAUGCGCAAAUAGCUUUGCUAAUGACAGUUUUAGAAGCUUAGUUGCAUUAAAAAAAAACGCUGAAAAUAUUGGGAGGGCCUGUAUAUUUUUAGCUUCAAAAUAUUUACAAAUUGAAACUACCAUUUCAGCAGACCCUGAAACGAUAAACUUUAUAUUAGAAUGAUAUAAUAAUUAA